GCCGCCAGGAGGCGGAGCCUUGAGAUGAGUUAAGUCAGGCCCAGGCCCAGGCCCAGGAGCGUCGUCUCCUGGCUUCUACCAUGGACCGACAGCGAGCUGGCAUCCGGCUGCAGGUCGUUCUGAGACACCUCAGCGGACCCUCGGCCCCAGCGAUUGUGGCUCACCCCAUAUCAGGGCCAGUGUCCUCUGCCAGUCCCUAUCCUCAACAAUUCCAGUACACUUUGGAUAAUAAUGUCCUAAGCCUGGAGCAGAGAAAAUUUUAUGAAGAAAAUGGGUUUCUUGUCAUUAAAAAUCUGGUAUCUGAUGAUGAUAUUCAACGUUUUCGAAGUGUUCUGAAAUAUGUGGAGUGUUUCACUGGACCCAAUAUCAUGGCUAUGCACACCAUGUUGAUAAACAAACCUUCAGAUUCUGGUAAAGAACUCUUCAUUGUUAGGAACACACAAAAGAAAGUAUUGCUAGAUUACCAGGGGCAGAGAACCAAGGGGGAGGGAGGGGUUAACAAAAUGUACCAUGGCAUCCAAGACUACAAGCUGGACAACAAUAGGGUGCACCUGGUGAUGGAGAAGGGAGACACUGUUUUCUUUCAUCCUUUGCUCAUCCAUGGAUCUGGUCGGAACAAAACUCAAGGAUUCCGCAAGGCAAUUUCCUGCCACUAUGCCAGUUCCGACUGCCACUAUAUCAACGUGAAGGGCACCAGUCAAGAAAACAUCGAGAGGGAAGUUCAAGAGUUAGCGGAGAAACGGCAUGGAUUAGAAAGCAACAUUGAGUUAAAGGAUAUUUGGAUGUUUCGAGGCCGAUCUGUGAAAGGGGAAAGAACAAACCUUUGAAGUAGCCCCUCAAGAGUGCGAUACGAUGAUGAGUGCCUAUAAUCUCAACACUCAAGAGAGUAAGACGAGAGCAUCGUGAGUUCGAGUACCGCCUGGGCUACAUAGCAAGAUACUGUCUCCAACCCUUCCCCCCCAUAGACAAAACAAAAAUAAUUAAUUAGCUCUUCAUUACAAUUCUUUUAAAGGAAACAUCAAAGCAAGGCAUCUCAGGAAAAUGUUUUCUUAUUGAGAUGAUGUCAUCCUUUCUAUCUCCUGUGUAUGAGUCAAGACAUGUACUGGGGCCUUAACUGCCCAGAUUGAAUUAUUUGAUACUGUUGUUUUCAUUGAGUGAAAUAUUACUGUUUUAAGAAAAACUAACUUGGGAUAUAACUAAUAAAGGUGACUGAGUAUAAUU